AUGGGUAGUGAGGAUAUAUGGCCCCGUGCCAAAUCUCUGUUCGCUGGCCAACGCUAUCAUGGAGUUUCCAGCACUCAAACCGAGAAAUCAAGUCUCAAGUUUUCACACCGGAUAGAAGGACAGGAAAACAUGGAGGAAAAUACCGAGGCACAGGUCAUUGAACACGAGUCAUCCAACCCCCCAAAACCACACUGGAUUAAUGGCGUCCUUCUCUGUGCCAAGGCAUCUGCCGUUAUGCUUCUGCUGAAUCUCAUCUUCAUUGCUGUCGCUGCUGGACUAUCCAACCGAAACCCGGAGAACGGCGGAUUCUCCAGCAUCCAAGUAAUGUACCAGGGCAGCUGUGCCUUGUCCAAACGAUGGAACAUCGCCCUGCAUUUAAUAAUCAACGUACUCAGUACUGGAAUCUUGGGUGCUAGUAACUACUGCAUGCAGUCACUGGUCGCGCCGAGUCGGGAAGAGGUUGACAAAUAUCAUGCGCAAGGCCGGUGGCUUGACAUCGGGUCCUCCAGCGUGAGGAAUCUCUUUGUCAUUGGACGACCUCGGCUCAGUCUGUGGUUGGUACUUCUUAUCACAGGUACCCCCUUUCAUUUGUUGUACAACUCGAUGGUUUUCCAAUCCGUGGCCGUAAACGAGUUACGCGGUCUUGUUGGGCCUGGGGAUUUGAAUUCUUCCAAUGUCGCAAGCUUGAAGACUCCUACCCUUGACCGGUGUUUUACCAUAGCCCCGACAUAUAAGGGUGGAGAUACUGAAUGGUCUCCUUAUAAUGAUCGCGAGUCAUAUUAUCACUCGAGUGAUGGGUUUCCCGAGGGUAAGUUGAAUUGGCAUGACUUUUCCUCUGACAUUGCGGCGGGCAACUACGAGCGCCUAGAUGCUCAGGAAUGUAACAAGCUUCACAGUUUCAACGAGAACAGAGGGGCAAAGUUGGUCGUCAUGCUCACGAACGAGUUGUCUGUGAGCCAAGGUGGAACUGAUGCGAUCUUCUGGACGGACGGGCUAUCGGGUUUCCCCGAUCAUGAAAUGAUGGGGUUCAAUUUCGCUCGCAAGAGUUUGGUGGUCAAUCUUCUUGAGUCUGGUCGUGACCAUUACUACAAAAACGAAAACUUCACGUAUCAAGCCUGUAUGGACACUUUGGAUCAAAAUACCUGCUCAGAUGCCCUCUUUCUGCUUGACUGGGCCACCCGGCAAAAAGAGCCGCCGACGCUUGAGAGCGCGAAUCAAUACGUCCAGUCGUAUAGUUCAUCUGUCGUUACGGCCAUUAGCUAUGAUGAGAUUUGCCAUGAGGAUGAUAUAGCGGCGCCUGAAUCACACACUUAUCACGUCAAUGGAUGUCUUGUGCUCAGAACUGAAAAUCGAUGCCAGCUGCUCUAUAGUCCACCGAUUUGCAUUAUCAUUGCUCUUGCGACUUUUGUUAAAGUCGUGGCAAUGUUCCUGUCAGCAAGAAUAGGUCGCCAUCGAUCGCCGCCUUUACUCACCGUGGGCGAUGCAGUGGCGUCCUUCAUGGAGAAGCCAGAUUCUACGACAGAGGGGAUGUGUUGGUUAACCAACGCUGAUGUCCGUAAAGGGGUGUGGAAAGUCUCUCAAAGGACAGAGGAUCCAGCCGAGGAGCCUUUGGGGGGAGUCAGCCAGCGAAAGCCGAUGGUAUACAAGCGAUUGUCGCGACGCAAGCUCUGGAUGCAAGCCCCAAGCCUCAAGCGCUGGAUAACGACCCUUACCUUAUGUUUCGCACUGAUUGCUGUCGGAGUAUUUUUGUUCGAACAAGCCCUCGACUCAACAGGAAGUCGUUUGUUGACGCUCUCUGUGCUCCGUCAGCUGUGGACAGAAGGGUUCUCUGGCGCUGGGCCAUCAACAACUCUCGUUGACUUGGGAAAGAGAUUGCCUGCUUUGAGCAAUGUGGUGAUAGCUAAUAUACCACAACUGCUCAUCACGGUCAGCUAUUUCUUCUACAACAGCGUGCUGACUAGCAUGCUCGCGACUGCCGAAUACAGCUCUUACGGGACAAGUUCAAAGCCCCUUCGAGUGACAUGGCCCAUCAAAGGCAGCACGCAGCAGUCAACGUACUGGCUAUCCAUGCCAUAUCGAUACGGAGUCCCUCUGAUCGUGAUCUAUAUGGUGCUCCACUGGUUGAUUUCCCAGUGUGUCUUUUAUGUUCGUGUCAACGCGUAUGACUGGGUGGGCCGACAGAUCCAACACAAUUCGAUUAGCUCCAUGGGCCAUAACCGCCUGGCUAUAUUUAUUUCUAUUCUUGUGGGCGCUUUUAUGGUCUGUUUGUUGAUUGGGGUAUCCUUCAGAAGGUUCAAGUCGGAAAUGCCACUGGCGGGGGCUUGUAGUGCUGCGAUUAGUGCUGCAUGCCAUCCGCCGAAAGAUGAGGAUUUGAGUCACGUCGCCAGAGGGCCGGUGAUGUGGGGUGAAACUGUGGCGUCGUCAUCGUGGGGGGAUUUUGGUGCAACUGAGGAUGACAAGGGGCAUUGUAGCUUUACAUCUUUGGAGCCAGUAGAGCCUUCGUUGAGCAAGAUGUAUGCUUAG